AUGUUUAGAACGAUUUUGGCACGGAGAUGUCCUUUGUUUAGACAGCCUAGGAAAGGUAUUUUUGCUAGACAAAUUAAUGUCAAUUCAAAAGGAAAGUUGGUAAAUGAGGAGACAGGCCAGGAAAUCACUAAAGAGGAACUUCUUUCCACAUUGGUAGGUCCAGAUGGUGAAAUAAAACUACCGGAACGUGGAUUCACUUUCAAAGAUAGACCCCGUAUGGAAUCCAUUGAUAGUGGUCUAUCGAACUCUGAAAAUUUGGCCAUCAUUCUGAAGAACAUGAUAAAAACUACUGGUCCUAUUCCAAUUUCUCACUUUAUGAAACAAUGUUUGAUUGAUCCACAGUACGGCUACUAUACUACAAGAAACCCCCUCGAUGCGAAAACAGGAGAUUUCAUCACUUCGCCUGAAAUUAGCUCCUCUUUUGGUGAGAUAUGCGGACUAUGGUUCUUUGCCGCUUUUUUGGCCCAACUUAAACACCAGGCAACUUACAACAGAGAAAACUUCAAAAUAAAAGAAAAAAAAUUUAGAAUUAUCGAAUUUGGACCUGGUAAAGGUACGUUGAUGUAUGAUAUGGUGAGAACCUUAAACAAAUUCAUUAAGGAUAACAACCCUAUUGAGGUUGUAUUUAUUGAGAAAUCGGACGUCUUAAUAAACGAACAAUACAAGAAAAUGUGCGAUUCAUCUGCUAAACUUGACAAAAUUGACGAUUAUACGUGGAAAUCUGUUUCUCGUUGGGGAAACAGCAUCACAUGGUUAAAGGAUGAUAAACCAGAUCUAGGCAAUGAUAAAUCAUAUAUGAACUUUGUUAUGGCUCAUGAGUUUUACGAUGCUUUACCUAUGAACAGAUUCAUCAAAACAGAUAAGGGCUGGAGAGAGUAUCUGGUAGAUAUUCGACCAGAUAUUAAGAAGGACAGCCUAAUAACAAGUGAGAAACCAGUUAGUGAGAAAAAACACGACGCUGAAUUCUGUAUUGUAAAGGCUCCUUAUGCAACACCAAGUACAGCAAUCCCUAAAACCACACCAAGGUACAAUGAUCUUCCAGAGGGCUCGGAAAUUGAAAUAUCUCCAGAAUCCCACUCAUAUCUUUAUGAGAUGGCUGGCAUAGUUAAAUCAUCAGAUAUUGGGGCAGGCUUAAUUAUUGAUUAUGGUACUACUACUAUCCCGGUAAACUCACUGAGAGGGAUCAAAGAUCAUAAAUUUGUGAAUCCAUUAGGCGACGUUGGAGAAGUAGAUUUAUCUAUUGAUGUUGAUUUUGGCAGUCUCUUGGAAAUUUUGAAAGAGCUGAAGUUUGAGGCAUUUGUUGAUGAACAAGGAAAAUUUUUGAAUUCCAUGGGAUUAGGAUAUCGUAUUGAUCAACAAAUGUCUAAAUAUGUGGAUGACGAAGAAAUGAAAAAGAAAUUAGUAGAUUCAUAUAAGAGACUAACAGGCACAGGACUAAAAGAUAUGGGUAAAAUCUAUAAAGUCUUGGGAUAUUUCAGUUCUCAGUACAAGGAUUUCACACCUCCAGGAUUUGGUGGUGAUAUUUAA